AUGGAUUACACAAAUCAAAGGAUUCAUCUUUGGGAUUAUUUUAGCGCACCAAUUGCACUCGUAUGGUUUCUCACAACAUCAUGGCUUUUUGCAGUUAUAAUUUCGCAGUAUGUACUAGUGCCAUUAGAUCAACCAGUUAUACAGCCACCAUUUGGAGGACCAUGUCGAGAAACGGUAACAUCAAAAAAAAGAGAGUAA